AAAUCGUGUCGAGCUGAGCAGAACGUCUGGAAUCGGGCAACGCGAGUUAAAUUGUGUAAAUCUUUAUACCCUAAAUCUGGUCGAAAGUUCUUCACUGUCUUUCUUCGCGCUUCUUCCCUUGGUUUGGAUACGCGAUUGUUGUUUUUUCACCAGCAUGGAAAGAUUUGGAGUUCCACGAGGCAAACGCCCUCGAGUUCAAGUCUCAAUGGAUGACAAAGAGAAAGCUAUUGCCCGAAUUCGAGGUGGAGAAACCAAGGCCGGUAUAUCCAGGGAGCUUGGUGUUCCAGAAUCCACAGUGCGCGGAUGGGUCAAAAGAGCCGAACAGCGAAUGGCUCGCGAUGCCGCUGGCCAGUCGGGUACCAACAACUAUUCCUCAAUUCUGGCCAUGGCCUUGACCAAACCGCAGGUCACAAUCAGUACAAAGGCGUCGCUUUCGUCUGUCAACUCAAAAUUAUGCCCUUCAUCGCCUCCCUUGGCCUUGAAAUCCCUGAAGCUGCCCCAAAAGCGAGAUAUUAAUGGUCAUUCUGUCCAGAAUCCAGCAAUGGCUCCCGUUUCCAUACCCGUUCCCAUUCCUGUGCCUUUUCCAGUGCCACCCACUAUUUCCACCGACAGUCAGCAACAGAUUAUUGCAUGGUUGCAUAUUUUCAAUGCCGGUCUCCUGAAUUUCACCCUGAUCGCCACCGCUGCAGUGCUUCAGGCUCGUUCCCGUGGAUUGGCGGAUCGCCUGCCAUUGUGGCAAAUCAUUACGGAUUACGUUGACGAAGCCGGACGAACUGCGGCUGGAAUUGGGGGUCAGUACCUUAAGGCAGCCCCUUCAACGCUCGUAUCGAGUAAAACACAGUUGAUGGGACCAACGAGUCCCAGGCACAGAAUGAUGCACGGGCGUCCUUUUCGUGGGAAACUAAAGAAUCCUCCGGUCCACAUCACAGCGGAAGAUGACGAGGAUGGUUCCACAGACGCCGAGUCGGAACAGUGAUAAAUACAGCAAUUUUACUCUUUGAACGAUUGGAAUUUGAAAGCUGUUUAUUAAAUGUUAAUUAAAUAUAAUCAUGGGACUUUCAAAUCCAGAUUAUGUGGUACAAAAACC